AUGCCGCAAUUUGGCGCGACCUUUUAUCCAGGGGGUGUAGAUGAUUUCUACAUGCCUAGCCCUGAAGUUCUCGCGCCUGCCCCUCAAAGGGUGAUGCCUGAAGUGCCCCAGAAUAUGCAACAAGACCUUCAGCGCAUGGAACUAGAAGCUCGAUCAGUCGACCCAAGCAGGAUGAAUUCUGCGACAGCUGGAAGUUAUGGGGGUAGACCGCCUGUCCACGGCCGUGAACCUUCUUUGUCCCAUGUCUUGAACACAAACGUGGGAACAUACGGACAGCAGUAUCAAAAGCCCAAGCCGGAUAUGGCAGAUUACAGCCCUGCCUCGAUUUACAGCCAGUCGAAUUACAGCCCUUUUCAUGAGAACGGCGCGACUAGUCCACAGCUUGAGAGGAAGCUUAAAGACAUGCCGGCAGACAAACCCUCCUUUUCCCACUUCCCGAGAAUCACGGGCGAGCAUAUUCCGCCUAGCGACGAUGAGAAGGAGACCGUACUAGCCGAGAGCCGAGAGCAUGUCCUGCAUUCAAACGACCCGAACAUGCAGAUCUGCUGGGCUCGCGACGUACUUGCUUACGUCGAGAUCUCGGCAGAAGCUGCCACGCGCGAGUACGAGGUAUGCAAGAAACCCGGCGAUCGCGACUUCGGAAGGCCCUCAACUCCGCGAACCGAACAUGAGCUCAGGGACGAUGCUACAAAUAUCAUCAACUACCUCGCCGACCAAGGACAUCCCGAGGCCGUCUUUAUCCGUAGCAAAUGGCUCGAGUUUGGCAAGUUUGGCCAGAGGCAAGACAAAAAAGAAGCUUAUAACGGUUAUGUCACCGCUGCACAAAAUGGAUGGGGACGAGCCGAGUACCGAAUCGGCAUGCUCUACGAAAACUCCAACGAUGUCGACAAGGCACUGAGGCAUUACUAUGCUGGUCUGGAACUGAAUGACUCCGCAGCAUCCUAUCGGCUCGGCAUGAUCAACUUGAUGGGACAGCAUGGACAGCGUAAAGACAUCGCCAGGGGUUUGGACCUCAUCCACCAGGCUGCCGACACCGCUGAUGAGGACGCCCCCCAAGGUGCCUUUGUGUACGGCAUGGUUAUUGGAAGAGAUUUGCCUGAUGUGAACGUGCCGGAAGGGAUUCUUUCUUUCGACGUUGCCGUCGCACGACAAUACAUCGAGAAAGCAGCAUAUCUUGGCUUUGCUAAGGCGCAACUGAAGAUGGGCCAAGCAUACGAGCUUUGCCAGCUCGGUUGUGAUUUCAAUCCUGCAUUAUCCCUGCACUACUAUGGAUUGGCGGCGAGACAAGGCCAGCCCGAAGCGUCGCUCGGUGUUAGUCGGUGGUUCCUCUUUGGAUAUGAGACCUCCUUUGCCAAGAACGAGCAAUUGGCCUACAAGUACGCCCAGCUUGCCGCCUCAUCUAAGCUUCCCACUGGUGAGUUUGCAAUGGGCUACUACCACGAAAUUGGUAUCUAUGUCGAAAAGGAUGUUAGGGAAGCGCGGAAGUGGUACGAAUUGGCCGCUGAACAUGGCAACAAAGAUGCGCUUGGGCGCUUAGAUGGACUCUCACAGGCAAAAGUGCUCUCAAAACAGGACCACGAAACCACGACCCUGACUAGGAUCAAGUCGCAGCAUGGCUCGCAGCGUGGUAAGAGACCUGAUCGAUUCAAGCAGGUCAGUGCCAUGCCAGCUGUGACAGAAGAUAAUUCCCCUCGACCUUCCCCAAGAGUAUCGCCUCAACCCUCGCCAAGACAGUCUGCAUUUGCUGGUUCCAACAUGCCGGAUCCAAGCAGACUGAGUGGCGAAAGACGGCAACCCGCUUUCACGGUCAACCUCGCUGAGAGACCCAAGUCAGCAGCAGCUCCAUACCCAGAAGACGACAGACCUGCACCCCUGAGUCUCAACAACACCAGGCCAAAGUCGAGCGCGCCAUAUCCCGAAGAUGACAUGCACGGAGCUAAGCCACCAGUCUCACCGCACUACAACUCCAACAUUCGGCCCUCGUCAGACCGCCCAGGGAGCGCUUUCGGUAUCCGUACGCAGUCACCCGGUAGCCAAGGACCCCCAGGCCCUGCAAUGCGCGCCUCGCAAUCGUCAAGUCAGCUUGGCAUUCCCGCUGCUGGGAUGGACCCGAAUCGUGGUCGGCCGGUGUCAGCAUCUGCUGGCUGGCAACCUCAAGGGCCUGGUGGAUACAGGCAGUCGCCUCCAGCCGCUGGGUACCAAGACUACAACCGUCCUGUGUCAGCGCAGUAUCCUGGACAUGGUGGUCCUGCUGCAAACAACCCGGCCUACAACCGUCUGACCAAGACAAACCCAAAUCCCGGCUUGCCAGCGAAGGGGACACCUCCAAGCCAAUACCCGAUGGGUGGUCAAGGACCAGGAGGGGCUCCUGUGCCCGCGCAGCCCGGGCGGGAGUAUGGCCCACGCACCUCCUCCCGCCCGGUUUCUGCGGUCAAUGAUCCGUAUGGCGGCCGUACUCCUUCUGCUGGGCCGAAUACAACAUCACCUGCAAUGACUGGUGGAAUGGGUCCCGCACCACCACGAGCGGACACGUACGGCAGACCCGGGCUUCCGAUGGGAGGUCCUGCUGCCUCGAGACCGGGCAGCACGAGGCCACCUGUUGGGUUACAGGACACCGGUGCCGCAAGUGGGAGGGCUAGUGCACCUCCUAGCCGCCCAGCUGCCGCAUCCCCAGCGCCUAGUGCUGCCACGACUAGUUCUGCACAGACUGCCCCCCCUGCACCCGUCAAGACGCCUUCAGGCAAGUCGGGACCAUCAACUUUUGAGGAGAUGGGUAUCCCGCAAGCGAAGAAGGAUGACGAAUGCGUUGUAAUGUAA